AUGUACAGCAUGAUGGAACACGAGCUGAAGCCGACUGGCCAGCCCCCUUCUCAUCAGACCUCCCAGGGAAUGUCACCGGUCACCGGCACCAUGACCGGGAGCAUGGGCAGCAAUGGAAACUCUCACCCGAGCUCUAAAACGGCAUGCGCACCUGGAGCCGACCCCAUGGAUAAAGUCAAGCGGCCCAUGAACGCUUUCAUGGUCUGGUCCAGGGGGCAGAGGCGCAAGAUGGCACAAGAAAACCCGAAAAUGCACAACUCUGAAAUCAGCAAGCGGCUGGGGGCCGAGUGGAAACUUCUGAACGAUGCUGAGAAGCGGCCUUUCAUUGACGAGGCCAAGCGGCUCCGUGCGGUCCAUAUGAAGGAGUACCCUGACUACAAGUACAAGCCACGACGCAAGACAAAGCCUUUACUCAAAAAAGACACUCAGGUAGGCAAGUACCCACUGACAGCGGGAAACCUGCUGGUGGCAGCGGCACAGAGCCAAGGUGGGAGCCCCAGGAUGGAGAGCUAUGGCUGGGGCCCCACCGGAGGAUACGCCGGCAUGCAGGGCGAGGCACUGGGCUACACACAGCAGCUCCACCGGUAUGAGCUGUCAGCUCUCCAGUACCCACCUGCAAUGACGGCGCCGCAGACGUACAUGAACGGGGCCAACUCAUACAGCCCCAUGUCAUACAGCAGCAGUCCACAGCAGCCCAGCCCGGUCACUAUGUCCAUGGUGAAAUCAGAACCGGUGUCCCACUCUCCUCCUACGGGAACACCAAACCACCAUCGGGGGGCUUUGCAGGGUGACCUCAGAGACAUGAUCAGCAUGUACAUUCCUGGACCGGGAGGAGAUGCCAGCGACCCUUCGACAGCACAGAGGGGCUACACCAGUGUCCAGCAGCACUACCUCACUGGAACUGUUCCUCUCACACACAUCUAGGACUGAAGAACAGUUCACGAGCAGCUGGAGAGGAGAUGGAAUCGGGUGUGGAGUACUUCAGAAUGUCAGCAUAAAGAAGUUGUGAAGUUUUUGAUGAUGUGUCUGCAGUACGACAAGUAUCCGAAUGUACUCUUUGGUGCCACACGGAAGACGCAUCCAGGCCACACAUGCAGCGCUGAGACUCCACCCACCACCCUGCCACAGACUUCUCUCCCUGAAUGUCUUGAGUGAAGCCGGGGUGUCUGUUGUACAUAACAUGUAAUAUUUUCUAGUGUUUUGUGUAUUAUAGAACUUGUGUUUUAGAACCACCCUAAAUACUUGCGAUACUGGCUUUCAUUACGGUUCUAGCACAGUCAGUGCUGGUUGGACUGGUUCCCGUGGCCAUGUCUUCGAAUGGCGACUGUCACUUUCUGCCAUCUGAAAUCAUGUGAUAGCCACAUCACCUGAGCUGCUGGCCAUUCGUUAGUGCUGCUGUGAUGCGUCAGCAGGAAACUCGAGAAUGAAAUGCACAACUUGAAUAACAGAGCUUUUUAAAAUCUAACUCUUUGCGAUGUGGCUUUGGUUUAGUAGCCUUGUGUUAGAUCUGGACUUCUACUCUUCAGUUACAUUUGAAUGAAACGAAACAAACUUCUGUUGGACAAUCACCACCGUGUCUACAAGGAAAAGGACUGGCUUUGUGCAGUAGUACCUCCUACAUGCAGUAGAAGCAGCAGCCUCAGUCAGAAUCACACUUUCGGCUCUAAGAUGUGACUGUGUUUACUGUGUGCAGGUGUUUUAUUUGCUAUAAUUUAGUUUUAGGACAUUUUCAUGUUUCGAUGCAUCAAUCUGAACUGAGCAUGCUGAAUUUAUAUUCAUGUCCUCUUGCGCUAGGCAGGUGUAGUAUUUCUUUUUCUAUGCUUUUAAAUAAUUGAAAGGAUUUUUAUGUGAACUGCUAGAUUUUCAGUUGGUCUUUCAAAUGUCUCCAUACGAGGACGCUGGAUUGGAAAAAGACCAGACUUGUUUUAAAUGAACUGUCAGUUGUAUUUUUAUAACUUUUAAAGAGA